CUCAAAAAGUAUUAGAGUGAGCAAAGGAGGAGCUGAGAGCGGGGAAGAAAGGAAAGGAAAGGAAAGGAAAAUGUUGCAGUAUCCAUCCUUCAUGUUACAGUACCCAUGCUCUACUCGAAUUAUUCCGACGUCGUUUUUGCUCCCCGCGCAGUGGCCCCAGCCUCAGAGCGACGAGCUCCUCCUUGCUAUGGAGGAAUCUGAUUUUGAAGAAAAGUGUAAUGAAAUCAGAAAGAUGAACAGCAACUUAGUCGUAAUUGGGAAGACUAACAUAGAUAAUGAUAAAGAAGACUUUGACAAUGAAGCAGACGAUGAUGAUGCGGACAAUGGUGAGGAGUCAGAAGGUGAUGACUUUGAGCAGGAAACUGGUUGACAUAUCGUGAUUAGUUUCCUGUAUCUGUAUGUGCGGUCUAUCUACGGUAAUGCUUCGUAGUUCAUGGUUUGGACUUGAGUUUUAAAAUUUUCUGAACAGUAUCUGGAUAUUAUUUGCUCAAGUGUUUUGUAGCCAAGGAGAGAUGGUUCCGGUAGGAACGGAAAGAGCCUGUUAAUAUUCUGUAUUCGAAAAUAUAUUAAAAAAUAAAACGAUAUAAAACCAGAAAUGUAGAAGAACAAAAUUAUUCCGA